AUGGGCUAUGACUCGGCUGAGAAGGAGGUCCUAGCUUUGUUGCUGAUGCUCAAGUUUUGUUACACCCAGCUGGCGGGAAAGACACCGCAUGUGCACUCCCGAUUCGUUACACUUGGAUGGGUUCACAAAUCCAAGUCGCUUUUCGGACGAGCGGUGCAAUUUGCGGUGCUGUUGUCACCAUGGCAAUUGGAAGUGCAGCGAUCAUUGAUUACUAAUUUCGUGGAAUUGGACGACUCGCUAGCACUUGUGGCACCGCCUACCAAAGGUUCACCGACCACUCGGACUCAAGUCUGCUGUACGCUCAACUACCACACGACUAUGAAGGCUUUUGUGGUCUCAUGUGAUGGUUCCGCUAAGACAGAGAAGAAUGGUGGCUACGGUUGCUGCUCAUGGAUAGUGUGGAAGCUUCCGGAGUGGCAGAAAACUACGGUGAAUAUGGCACAGCGGCAUGAACCAUGGGGUUGUCGCAGUCAUGGAACAUGGUGUUUAAGACUAAGGCAUCGUUGGAGACUCGAGGUUGGCAAAUCAGCGAUCACUAGGGGUGAUUGCAUGUCGCAAGAAUUCGCUGAUGACACUCCUGAACCGCCACCGAGCUCAAGUCAGUCCGAUAUCUGCAUGUGGUGCUACAACGCAGCGGCUGACUCGCUCGCUCGUGAAGCAUUGGAGUCGAAGGUGUCAAAGGUGGUGCUCAAUGACCACCGUAAGGCUGAGCUCAAGGAGUUGAACAGAAUCCAAGAAAUGAUCUAUGAGCCGUCGUCAGGCGACAUCAAGGUCGAAAACACGGGUUCCGUUAUUUUUUUUCAAAUUCUAGACGGAAAGACACAUCCCACCGAGAACUCGGCAAUGCAGGCGCAACGACCAAGUGCUGAGGUCCGAUACGAAUCAACAGCCGAUGACAUUGACCCAGUUACAGUCCAAGAGAAGCGAAGGCGCCGUAUCGCCCAGGCCCAGGACAAGGAGCUGAGGCGAAAACACCGCGAUGAUUACAAAGAGGCUAGAGAGGCCUGUAAAUGGGCGAACAACAUUGUGCUGUCAAGCGACAAUGUCAUGUAUUACACGGGUGUGAGUAGAAGCAAGGUCGAAGAAAACCUGCCCGAGAUGUCGUUGAGGGUCGUGGUGCCAACCACAAUGAUCCAAGGAGUGCUACAUAACUGUCAUGACUCCAUCGAAGGAGGGCAGCAAGAUGUGGAGAAACAUGUGAAAUCAUUCCUCGACUGCAGCUCGAGUAAGAGCUUGCCGCAGCUCAAGGACUACUCACCUGGCAAUAUGCUCGCAGAGCGACAAUUCCAGGUGAUGUCAAUGGACUUUGUGAUCCCUCUGCCGAGAACUCGUCGAGGGAACACUGCCCUGUUGUUAUGGCAGUGCUCGUUUACUGGGUUUGUGGUUGCUAAAGCGAUGUCGGAUACCGAUGCCCUGACGGUGGCCAAGGUGUUCGAGGAAUGCAUCUAUAGACGAUUUGGUGCACCGUCUCUUAUUCGUCAUGACCGAGACCCCCGCUUUAUAAGCGAUGUCUUCCAAGCCUUCGCUGAAUUAAUACAAGCGCGGUCCUAUCGCCCACAAGCAAAUGGACAGCAAGAGCGAUCGGUCAAGAUAGUGAUGCCGUCGGUCAAGGUCUAUGUGGAGGACCCGUUGCAGCAAGACUGGGAUGAGAUCGCUGAGCGACUAGUCUUUGCGAUCAACAACACUUAUGAUAUGACCAGCUACGAGCAAUGA